AUGCAAUAUGUUCUUCCAAUAAGACACUAUAUAAGAAAACGUAAAGGUAAAAUUCACUGGAAGAUGACCGACAUGACAUUUUCCCUUCUCAAAAUCAUCAGCAUCGCUAUCGCCGUCAUCGCAAUCAUUGGAAAUGCCUUGGUUUGCCAUAUUAUCGUACAAGUGAAGGUCAUGAGGACUUCAAUGAACUACAUCAUACUAAAUCUUGCCAUACUUGACGCCAUGAUUGGUUUUCUUACCAUAUUCUUUGUUCUCGCUAAUGAUUCUGGAGGCGUUUUGGGGCCAUCGCCAAUUCUUCAAUUGGCCCACAAUCGAAGUGCAAACGCCUCUGAAGUGUUGUGUAUUAUCGAAAGAUCUUACUGGUUUGGAAGUGCRAUAACGCCCUUUCUUCUAACAAUAAUGGCUUACGAYCGGUACAAGGCUGUUGUGRAUCCUCUUUCAAGGCUUAACYGCGCCUCAUCAACUAUGAAAAGGCUCAAGUGGAUUCUACUUCUUGCCUGGAUUGGAGGAUUUGCAUCAACGAUAUUUUUUGUGGUUUUCGUUAAGUACGAUCCUCCAGGAAUUUAUUGCAAAGACGACCUCCCCUCAUGAGUUAUUCGCGCUUUGAAGCUGCAGGAUGGWGUCCUUGGAAWUCAAGCCGAAGCCCAAAGAGCACGGGCGAAAGCAA